CUUCACCGCGUACACGACCAUUCACGAGUACAGCGCCGUGCACGUCGCCCGCCCGUAGCUCACGCGGUUUUUCGGCCGUCCACAAUAUCGUUUUGUGUUGUACAUGAAUAUAUAAAAAUAAAUAAAAAUAUUAUUCGGUUCGCGUUUUUUUUUUCCGGGGGAGGGAAAACCCAAAAAAAAAAGCAAGCGACGUUUUGUUGUCGAGGGGAAAUAACCGACAAACAACCCUCGGACUGCGUUUUUAUUUUUAUUGUGCGUUUUCGCGGACCAACGUCGCGGCUGACACACGGUUGCGAUAAAAUAUAAUGUUGGCCCGGCGCCGCCGACGCCGACGCCGACCAGAAUCCGUGUUGCCGACGACCAACAACAGCUACUGCUGCAGUAACGGUGGUGGUAAUUGUAGCCGCAGACGCGUUACCAAUGACGACGACGGUACUGUCCAGUGCACCAUCGGUCACGUCCGCGGAACAACACCAGCACGAUUACACGCCUGUGGUGCGCAUGUGGAGUGACGACGACGACGACACCUGUUACGACAACGACUCGACCACGAGUAUCAUUCUGAACAAUAUGGGAUUGCCGCCUCCCAGUUCCACGUACGGCGGAGGAGGUUGCAAGAGGUCGUCGUCGACGUCCCUGGACGACGACCACGCGCCCAAAAUCCCGAGGCGGCACCACCGCCGGUACAGCGACGACGACGACGACGACGACGCGGCGGCGGACGACCGCAUGAUGAUGAUGGCGACGUCCGACCUGGACGACUCGCUGGUGGCCGCCGACGUGGACGACGACACGGACGACGACGAGGACCAGUACCUGCCGGCCGGCGGCGGCCUGACCGUGCUGACCAGCGCGCCCACCCACCACGGACACUGGCGGCAGCAGCAGACCAUCAAGUGCGACACCAACGGCAAGUGCUACCUGGACCUGGGCAGCGGCGCCGUCUCGGUGACGCCGCCGGUGGCCGCCGUCACCACCACCACCACCACCUCCUCCUCGGCCGCGGCCAACGGCCACGGCGCGCCCGGCCUGGGCGCCGGCAUCAACGAUUGCUGCGAACGGGAAUACUACAGGCGGCGCAGGGCCGCCGUGUUCGACGUGUCCAUGCGCAAGCUGGGCAAAUCCGGCGGCGGCGGCGGUUCGCAGUGCGAGGCCGGCGGCCUCCGGAGGUCCGUGCUGAUUUGCAACACGCUGCGGCUGAUCGAGCGCGAGAUGUCCCGGGAGGCGGCCAGCCGUUCGACGGCCGCGGCCGCCCACCAGCAGAUCGUCGGCACGCACCAGCAGCACCACCAGCACAGGCGCGCACCCACCCCGUACCCGUCGGACAGGGGCGGCAGCACGACCGCCGAGUCCAUAGACUCCGGCGUGGACGACGAGUACUACUACGAGGACGACGAAGACGACGUGAACCACCUGAACCAUUAUUACCACGUCAACGGCUCGAUCGAUUACAACACGGACGAGUACGACGACGAGGACGAUGAGGACGACGACGACGACGAGGACGACGACGACGACGACGACGAGGAUGAAGACGACGACGACGACGACGGCGGCAGUUCGGACGACUCGGCGGACAGUUACGACGGCCGGAACGCCGCGUCGUCCAUGGAGUGCAACGGCGACAACAUCGAUUGGGGCUCGGUGUUGAGCCUGUCCAACCAGCAGCCGGCCAUCCAGAGCGAAGUGACCACCACCGCCACCACGACGUCGGCCUGCGCCGACAGGCACAGCACCAAGCGCCGGAGGCACAACAAGCACAGGCAUCAUCACAGGCACCGCGCAAAAGCGGCAAACCGCGACGGCGUCGACUACGACCUGACGUCCGUUGGCCGGUGCGAAGAAACCACCACCCUGUUGCAGUGAUGUUUGUCUUUUUGAAGAAAAAAAAAAAGAGAAACCAAAACGAAAAAGUGCUUACAAACAAAACAAAAAAAAAAAAACCUAUACAAUAGACGAAUGUACCUGAUAUAAUAUAUUAUAUAGAUAUAACAUUAAUAAUAUUGAUCGAUGAUAAAACGUACCCGCCGGGGUCGACCGACAACAACGGGUUUGUUUUUUAUUUUUAUUUUUUUCCAAGCAAGCGGGCAGCUCAAAUUUUUGUUUUUUGUUUUAAUUUAAGUCGAAUAAUUUUGUAAUUUCGGGUUUUUUUCACACACUUACGAAAACCCAAUUCUCUCCCCUCGAUCACCACCCCCCCCCUCCCACCCGUCAUCAUCGUCAUCACCAUCGGAAAAAUAAAAAGUGGACUUGUCGUUACCAUGAAAACGUUUUAUAUAUUUAAAAUAUAUAUUAUAUAUAUAUUAUUUUAUAUUAUAAUAAUAUUAGAAUUUUUUUUGUUGUUAUAAAACCGAAGAUGUUAUCAUUAUAUCGUAAUGAUAUAUUAUUCCAUUAGGUUUCUUUAUAUAAUAUUUAUAUAUGUAUAUGUAUAGGUAUAUUAUAUAUAUAUAUAAACGAAACAACGAUUCUUCAGCCGGUCAUACGCAUAAAAAAAAAUAAAUAAA